AUGUUGGCGUUCUUGAUUCUCAUGACUGUGACCCUAGCCUCUGCUCACCAUUCCGGUGAGCGCUUUGAAGGCGAGAAGGCGUUCCGUGUCGGUGCUGAAGAUGAAAACGACGUCAACUCACUCCGUGGGUCGGCCGGCACCAGGCAGACUGACUUCUGGAAACCAGAUUCUGUCACACAAAUCAAACCUCACAGUACAGUUGACUGUGUUAAAGCAGAAGAUAUUUUCACUGUGGAAGACGUUCUGAAGCAGAAUUAACUACAGUACGAGGUAUUAAUAAGCAACCUCAGACCUGUGCUGGAGGCUCAGUUUGAUAGCAGGGUCCGUGCAACUGGACACAGUUACGAGAAAUAAAACAACUGGGAAACGACAGAGGCUUGGACUCAACAAGUCGCCAGAGAAAAUCCAGACCUCAUCUCUCUCAGUGCCAUCAGAACUACAUUUUUAGGAAACACUAUAUACCUCCUCAAGGUCGGCAGACCUGGACCAAAUAAGCCUGCCAUUUUCAUGGACUGCAGUUUCCAUGCCAGAGAGUAGAUAUCCCCUGCACUUUGCCAGUGGUUUGUGAGAGAGAGCAGGGAGCCCCAACGCCCGGGCUGUGGACUGGUAUCUCUGUCCGCGGCCUGCCAGGCACCGGGCCGCACAGCAGGAGACUUUUAUGUCUUGCCUGUGGUCAGUAUCGAUGGCUACAUCCAUACCUGGACCAAGUACCGAAUGUGGAGAAAGACCCGCUCCACCAACGCUGGAUCCACCUGCAUUGGCACAGACCCCAACAGAAAUUUUGAUGCUGGUUGGUGCAGUUUUUCCAGGUGUCGGAGCCUCUAAAAACCCUGUGAUGAAACUUACUGUGGAUCUGCUGCAGAGUCUGAUAAAGAGACCAAGGCCCUGGCUAAUUUCAUCCGCAACAACCUCUCUUCCAUCAAAGCAUAUCUGACAAUCCACUCAUACUCCCAGAUGAUGCUCUACCCUUACUCCUAUGAUUACAAACUCCCCGACAACUAUGCUGAGUUGAACAGCAUGGCUAAAGCUGCCAUAAAAGAACUUGCCACACUGCACGGCACCAAGUACAAAUAUGGCCCAGGAGCUUCAACAAUCUCUAAGUCUUGGCGUCAGAACUAUCCUGCUGCUGGGGUCUCUGAUGACUGGGCUUACGACCACGGAAUCAAAUAUUCCUUCACCUUUGAACUCUGGGAUAAAGGCAGACAUGGCUUUGCCCUCCCUGAAUCCCAGAUCCGGCGAUCCUGUGAGGAGACAAUACUGGCGAUCAAAUACAUUACCGGCUAUGUCCUGGAACAUCUGUACUAG